AUGUCAGGCUCAUUGGAUUACUUGAACAAUGUUGCUGACAACCAAGCGAGAGGACUCCCGGACGAAGGUGAUUACGAUGACGAUGGUCAGGAGCAGUCCCCUUCCGAGAGAACCGCUUUGCUGUCUCUCGCGUCUUUGGGGAACAGUCGAGAGACCCUUGGUCUGGCGGAACGACCUAGACGUUCUAGCAGGAGAGAUCGAGAACGCCGUCGGAGCAGUACGCAGCGCGAGCUUGUUAAGCUGCUGAUCAGUGAAGAGAUUGAAAUAAAACAAGCACGAAAUGCUCUAGGUGCCACACGAAACCAUUUAAACAUAGAGUCGUUGCGUGCCCAAGAGGCCGAACGCCGCGCUAUUGAAAUUGCGCAGCGCUUUCGGGACGCAAACGAGGCCAGGAUUGCUACUCAGCAGGAGAAUCAACGUCUGAGAGAGGAGUUGGGGAUCUACAAGUUCCAGUACGAGAACGCGCUCCGAGAGUUGUCCAAGCAGGACGGCUUCGUGAAGGACCUCGAAGCGCAGCGAGAUGAUGCAGAAGCGGUCGCAGCGAGAGCUCGUACAACGGCCAGACGGUUGAAGGAAGAGCAGCUGAUUAGCAGGGCUCGCGACGAAGGGCGACGGCAAGGUUACCGAGAAGGCGUGAAGCGGGGUUACGAGGAUGCGCGAAGAACAAGAUAUCGUUCCGGCAGAGAUGAAGAUGCUGAUGAGCCUCAGGCUGGCGAUGAGGCCGAUGGCGAUGCAGGACGCACUCCCCCUUUGGAUGACUUUUCUCCCAACAUGUUGAAUCUACCUACACCACCACAAGGUGCAAUUCCUUUAGCACAACCGUCUAUUGCAUCAGUACUGGAAGAGGCUGCCUCGAUGCCAGGCCCUUCUCGGGAGCCUCAUCCAGGAGGGGCGCAAGGAUCGCGCUUUCGGGAGGAUAUCACCAGCCCGGGAGCCUCUACUCUUGCGUCUUUGCCAAUGCCAGGUCCUUCUUCAUGGCCUAAACCGCCCCCACCCGAUAUGUCCAGAUUCACUCGUCCAGUACCAAUGCGUUCGACCUCACCGGUGUCCAGCCAUCCAACUUAUGCAAUACCUCCUGAUGGUUGGAUACCCGAGGCCGGUGCGGACAGUCAAAUUAUUCUCCCUCCGCCCCACGAGCUCGCUGCUCAGCCUCCGAUCACUCCGCGCACACCAUUAUCGCCUCUGCCAGACAUCCUUCCAGAUAAUAUUCCAUCGACUGGACCUCCUCGUCCUGAUUCUCAGCCUAUUGCGCGUGACUACGGGUACAAUCAUAGAUAUACUUCGCCGAGGUCUUUGGCAGAUUCUCUGCCUUCGACUGCCACCACGAACAUAUCUCAGUUUGACCUGGUUGGUCCACCACGGUCUGCUACCCGAAGCCCUGGACGCAUUGUGCUUGAUGCCAUUCCUGAAGUGGCUACAGAGUUUAGCCCAGAAACUGACAGUCGUUCCAGGAGUGGUAUUAUCCCUGAAUCAUUAAUCUUCCCUGCACCAUCUCCCACACCACAUGGUAGUUAUGCAGGCAGUGAUGCGGCGCGCCGCUCGACGUCAAGAGGAGAGAGACGCGAGUAUGACUCUAGCGCAGUGACACCGCGACAAGACAUCAGUGACUCGGUCAGACAGUCGAAUGCUAGUGUGCAAGAUUGGUUGGGGAGGUCAACUCCGGGAGAGGCUGCACAACGAUCAGUGUCCCCGUUUGAUAGGCCGUUCUCGUCCGGGAGUGGCGACGUCUCACGACAUCGAAGAUCUCGUUCCAUGAAUCCACCUUCAGAUGCUGGAUCAUUUAGAAACUCUGAAAGAGGAGCAGGGCAUCACCGCAGAGUCACUUCAACCGACUCUGUUGCCAUUUCUGUUCAACCUCCUUCAGGACCUGAAUCGAAUGCUUCUCCAUCUGUGUCAAUGGAGGCAGGACGUCUCACACCCAACUCAAUUCCUCGGGCUUUGCGUCCGUCUCAUUCAUAUGCACCCGCUGUACCAGACUCUUCCCACUUAGGGAAUUAUCCCUCGAGAGGUCCACUAUCGUCCGUACCGCAAUAUCCAUCUGGCUUCGUGCCCAUGGGAGCUCCUGCUUCCCCUGGGAUGACCGUGGGUGGGCCCGCGGCGGCGUCUCCAAGAGCGGCUGGACGCAUGUAUUCGGGGCUUGCCCCUGAUCCCCACUUGCGGUCUGCCAGCAGAAACAGUAAUAGCGCGAUGAAUGAUGUGCGACCGGAAACGCCUCUACGCCCGCCGUCUGCUAUGGAGAGCUCACAUUCUGGCUCAAGUAGGCCUCGCACAACCAGUCAGCCCCGCUAUAUUCGUCCGCCGAGCCAGCCUCGCCACAUCCCACCACCAGCGCCACCAUUUUACCUCCAACCUCCCAGCGAGCCGCAGUACGUCCCACCGCCGGAUAGGCCAUACACACCCAGCCAGCCUCAUUACUUGCGCGCCCCAAGCCCAUCAACCGAACGGUACACAGACCCAUCUGCAGCAAAUCGGCAGCCGUUGGGGAGUGGGACUCCCGGCACACCAAGCGCCCCGCUCCCUAUCAUGAGCCCUCACUCGUCAACAUCUCGCCUCCCAGGACACAAGCACAGCCUGAGCAUGAACGCUGGUGCGACACCUGCAGCGAGCUACACGCGCCCGCUGUCGGGUGCGCCCCUGCCACAGCUCAGGCGGGUGCCCUCUACGGGCUCGGUCUCAAGCAACGCGUCCAAGCUGUCUGGCUACGGGCGCUAUAACCCGAACGGCUACGUGGACGCGGCGUUUCUGGCGAGUUCGGAAGAUUUGCUGAGCGCACCGUCGCCAGGGACGAGGGCGAAUACGCAACAGAAUGCCACCUUCGCCAGCAUGGACCCGAUGGGGCGCAAUUCGCCAGCGCUAUCCUAUCGCAGUAUGGGGAGUAGGAGAUGA